UGUGCCUUGUUUGUAUCCACAGUAUCACUUUCAUUCAUCUGAUCCAGUAUUUAACCUCUCACUAUCCUGGGAAGAACAGCAAAAGGGAUUAUCCUCUGGUUGCAAUGACACAUCCAAUGGAAUGCAUCCUUGAGCCAGGAGAGGUUCUGUUUGUUCCAGCAGGCUCACCAAAUCAAGUCGAUAAUCUAGAAGCAUCUUUAUCCAUUUCUGCUAACUUUGUCAAUCAUUCAAACAUUAGUUUAGUGAGACAUGAAUUGUUGAUGGCUUCACUAAAUGAUGAUAGAUCAAAGGAACUCCUCUCUUCUCUGAAUGCCUUGGAACUCAAUAUUGACAGUAAUACCAGUAGUGAAGAAAGAAAGGAUUUGAAGUGGAAAGAGUUUAAGAUGAACUAAAUCUUAUAGGUAAAAA